UGUGUACAGACAAUCUAUAUUACUGAUAAAACUAGCAAUGAAACUUUUGAAGGAUUAAAGACCUGUAAGUGAAAAUGCUCCCAGGCCUACCAAUGGCAAUGUCAUUGUGGUAGACGUGGACUGGAAUACACACUACAUUUUCUACGCUCCCAUUACAAUCAUAAAAUGCCAGUGCCAUCCGCUACGUAUCUCAAUCUCACGGCACUAUGUCGAAGGAUUCGCUACACUUUCUGCUUGCUACAUACAACCCCCCUGAAGAUUACUCGACAUAUCUUCAAUUACUACAGGCCUGUAAUCUGAAGAAUGCGCUAUCACAAGCGAAAAAAGUCCACUCUUUCAUCGCUCACAGGCGAUUUGCAUUCGCUACACACACAGCUUUUCGUAAUAAGCUUAUUUCGAUGUAUGUCAAGUGCGGAAGUUUAGUGGACGCUAGGAAAGUCUUUGACCACAUGAAAGAACGAGACUGCGUCUCAUGGAAUACGAUUAUUGCAGCGUACAGAAGACAUGGGUAUCCUCACGACGCAGUUAUACUGUUUCACCAAAUGCAACAAAGAGGUUUCCAACCUGAUCAGUAUACUUUUGCCAGCAUCCUCCCCGCCUGUGCCAAAAUGGGAGAUUUGGAACAGGGUAUUCACAUCCAUCAAAGCAUAAAGGAUAAAGGAAUUUUGUCCGAUGUUGUCGUUGCAAGUGCACUGGUAGACAUGUAUGCAAAAUGUGGAAGCAUAGGCAAGGCACGUGAAGUGUUUGACAAAAUGCCUGAAAGAAAUGUCUUCUCAUGGAAUGCAAUGAUAUCAGGAUAUGCUCAAAAUGGAUUUGUUGAAUUGGUUUUAGAAACUUUCGAGCAAAUGCAAUCGGCAGGGGUAAAUCCAAAUUCCACAACGUUCGCCAGCAUCUUCCCUGCCUGUGCCAAACUAGGAGCUUUGGAGCAGGGUAUGGAUAUUCAUCAAAGCAUAAAAGAUAUAGAAAUUUUGUCAAAUGUAAUAGUUGCAACUGCUUUGGUAGAUAUGUAUGCCAAAUGCGGAAGCAUAGAGAAGGCACGUGAACUGUUUGAUAGAAUGCCUCAGCGAAAUGUAGUUUCAUGGACUGCAAUGAUUGCAGGAUAUGCACAAAAUGGAUUUGUUGAAAAAGCCUUUGAAACUUUCAAGCAAAUGCAAUUGGCAGGUGUAAAACCAAAUUCCAUAACCUUUGCCAACAUCCUCCCUGUGUGUGCCAAAAUGGGAGCUUUGGAAGAAGGUAUCAACAUCCAUCAAAGCAUAAAGGAAGUAGGAUCAUUAUCAGAUGUUAUGGUUGCAACAGCCCUGGUAGACAUGUAUGCAAAAUGCGGAAGCAUAGACAAGGCACAUGAAUUGUUUGACAGUAUGCCUCAAAAAGACGUCAUCUCAUGGAAUGCAAUGAUUACAGGGUAUGCACAAAAUGGAUUUGCUGAAAAAGCUUUAGAAACUUUCAAGAAAAUGCAACUGGCAGGUGUAAAGCCAAAUUCCACAACCUAUGCCAGCAUCCUCUCUGCCUGUGCCAUUUUGGGAACUUUAAAACAGGGUAUGGACAUCCUUCAAAGCAUAAAUGAUAGAGAAAUUUUGUCAGACAUUGUAGUUGCGACUGCCCUGGUAGACAUGUACGCGAAGUGUGGAAGCAUAGACAAGGCAUGUGAGAUUUUUGACAGAAUGCCUCAAAGAGAUGUCAUCUCAUGGAAUGCAAUGAUUGCAGGAUAUGCACAAAAUGGAUCUGUUGAAAAGGCUUUAGGAACUUUCAAGCAAAUGCAAUUGGCAGGUGUAAAUCCAAAUUCAACAACCUUUGUCAGCAUCUUCUCUACCUGUGCCAAAAUGGGAGCUUUGGAACAGGGUAUGGGCAUCCAUCAAAGCAUAAAGGAUAGAGGAAUGUUGUCAGAUGUGGUAGUUGCAGCUGCCCUGGUAGACAUGCAUGCACAAUGUGGAAGCAUAGACAAGGCACGUGAACUGUUUGAAAAAAUGCCUCAAAGAAAUGUUGUCUCAUGGAAUGCCAUGAUUGCAGGAUAUGCACAAAAUGGAUUUGUUAGAAACGCUUUACAAACUUUCAAGAAAAUGCAGGUUGCAGGUGUAAAGCCAAAUUCCACAACCUUUUCCAGCAUCCUUCCUGCCUGUGCUAAAAUGGGAGCUUUAGAACAGGGUAUGGACAUCCACCGGAGUAUAAUGGAAGGAGGAUUUUUGUCGGAUAUUAUAGUUGGAAAUGCCCUAGUUGACAUGUAUGCAAAAUGUGGAUGCAUAGACAAGGCAUAUGAACAGUUUGACAGAAUGCGUCAAAGAGAUGUCAUCUCAUGGACUACAAUGAUUGCAGGAUAUGCACAAAAUGGAUAUGUUGAAAAAGCUUUAGAAACUUUCAAGCAAAUGCAAUUGGCAGGUGUAAAGCCAAAUUCCACAACCUUUGCCAACAUCUUCCCUGCCUGUGCUAAAAUAGGAGUUGUAGAACAGGGAAUGGAUAUCCAUCAAAGCAUAAAGGAUAAAGAAAUUUUGUCAGAUGUUGUAGUUGCAACUACCCUGGUAGACAUGUAUGCAAAGUGUGGAAGCAUAGAAAAGGCACGUGAACUGUUUGACAGAAUGCCUCAAAGAGAUGUCAUCUCAUGGAAUGCAAUGAUUGCAGGAUAUGCACAAAAUGGAUUUAUUGAAAAGGCUUUAGAAGUUUAUAAGCAAAUGCAAUUGGCAGGUGUAAAGCCAAAUUGCAUAACCUUUGCCAGCAUUCUCCCUGCCUGUGCCAAUUUGGGUGCUUUGGAAAAGGGUAUGGACAUCCAUGAAAGCAUAAAGGAUAGAGGAAUUUUGUCAGAUGUUGUAGUUGCAACUGCCCUAUUAGACAUGUAUGCAAAAUGUGGAAGCAUAGACAAAGCACGCGAACUGUUUGACAGGAUGCCUGAAAGGGAUGUCAUUUCAUGGAACGCAAUGAUUGCAGGAUAUGCACAAAAUGGAUUUGUUGAAAAGGCUUUAGAAACUUUCCAACAAAUGCAAUUGGCAUGUGUAAAGCCCAAUUCAACAAGCUUUGCCAACAUUCUCCCUGCCUGUGCCAAGAUUGGAGCUUUUGAACAAGGUGUAGACAUCCAUCGAAGCAUAAUGGAAGGAGGCUUUUUGUCAGAUAUUAUUGUUGGGAAUGCUCUGGUAGACAUGUAUGCAAAAUGUGGAAGCAUAGAGAAGGCACAUGAACUGUUUAAGAGAAUGCCUCAAAGAGAUGUCAUCUCAUGGACUGCAAUGGUUGCAGGAUAUGCACAAAAUGGAUUUGUCGAAAAAGCUUUAGAAACUUUCAAGCAAAUGCAAUUGGCAGGUGUAAACCCAAAUUCCACAACCUUUGCCAGCAUCCUUCCUGCUUGUGCCAAAAUGGGAGCACUGGAACAGGGUAUGGACAUCCAUCAAAGCAUAAUGGUUGGGGGAAUUUUGUCAGAUGUAGUAGUUGCAACUGCCUUGGUAGAUAUGUAUGCAAAAUGUGGAAGCAUAGACAAGGCACGUGAACUGUUUGACAGAAUGCCUCAAAGAGACAUCAUCGCAUGGAAUGCUAUGAUUGCAGGAUAUGCACAAAAUGGAUUUUGCAAGGAUGCACUCAAAAUCUUUGAAUUAAUGAAGCACUCUGGAACAAAUCCUGGCAUUGUAAGCUUUGCUUGUGUUCUAUAUGCAUGCAGCCAUGCAGGUUUAGUGGAUGAGGGCUGUAUGUACUUCAAUUACAUGAGUAACCCUUAUAGCAUUACAGCUACAGUUGAUCAUUAUGUGUGCAUGGUUGACCUUCUUGCCCGUGCUGGCUAUCUAGAGGAUACCCUAAACUUUAUCAUUAAGAUGCCAGUUAAACCUGUGGUGAUUGUGUGGAUGUGUUUUCUUGGUGCCUGUAGAUCACAUAUGAAUAUAGGUUUAGGAGUAUUUACAGCAACACUGCUUUUUGAUCUGGAUCCUAAAAAUUCUGCCACUUAUGUUCUUCUCUCAAACAUCUAUGCAGAACUGGGCAGGUGGGGUGAGGUUCAAAUGGUAAGGAGAUUGAUGAAAGAUAGAGGAAUUAAAAAGAUACCUGGAUGUAGUUGGAUUGAAGGCCAUAAAAUGGUACAUGUUUUUCAUGCAGGAGACAGAUCACAUCCACAGACACAGGAGAUCCAUGAAAAGUUGGAGAAAUUGGCUUUGGAGAUGAAGGCAGCAGGGUUUCUUCCAGAUUCAAGACAUUUACUCAAUGAUGUGGAGAAUGAGGAAAAAGAAUUAUUUUUAUGCUACCAUAGUGAAAAAUUGGCAAUUGCAUUUGGUUUUUUAAACAUGCCCCCUAGAACAACUAUUAGAGUUGUUAAGAACCUUCGAGUAUGUGGUGAUUGCCACACUGCAAUAAAAUUUAUCUCCAAGAUUGUUGCAAGAGAAAUUGUCGUGAGAGAUGCAAACCGUUUUCAUCAUUUUAAACAGGGACAAUGCUCUUGUGGAGAUUAUUGGUGAUGCUAAAUGAAGCAAUCUGAAAAAUAAGCUUGCACUAUAAUAAUGCGCAGUGUCAAACCUGCAGUAAUAACGAAGAGACAGGAGUUUAUUUUCA